UCGGCUCGACCACAGCUCCCUCGCCGGUCGGCGCCAGUCGCGUGAGAGCAGAGCUCGAGGAGGGGUGCGUGACGCUCCCCCUCACCGGUGUCUGUGCAGGUGGCCGGCCGCGCUGCGGGUGUGGAGGCCGCUGGAGCUGUGUGCUGUGUCGAGCUGUGACGGCCGUGCUGUGUUGAGUUGUGUGAUGCGCGGGUCGCUGGGUGCCGGGCUGCGCGGCGCGGCCCGGAGCGAAAACGGUGACGUCUGCCGCCGCUGUGAAGGGCACAUUCUGUGACGGGAGCUCGUCAGUGCAGCUCUGCAGCUCCUGUGUCUGUGUGAGCUCUCUGUGCUGGUUACCGAGGCACGAGCUGGGACGGGGUGGAGCGGAGCCCUCCCUGAGCGGCACAGGAGCCAGCCAUGCAGGAGCGGAGCAUAGACGACCGGCGGGCCGGCGACCGGGCUGUGCUGGAAACGGCAGACGGUCGUCGGCUCUACGACCUGGUGGUUCGACCUCCGGCGGGCGGUGGUGGCGGCGGGGACGGAGAGCCUCCCUGUGACUGUGCCGGCCCGCCGCCGCCCCAGUUUCUCCUCCCCCCUCCGCCGGUGGACCCCAGCUGGGCGGCCGACGACGAGGACGUCUGUGAUAUCGUGGCCCCCUACCAGGUCUGCCGGGGUCUGACGGGUGGCACCACUGGUGCUGGCGGCACCACUGGUCUACCUAUUCUGGCUGUGGUGCUCACCGCUUCAGGGCUGCUACUGGUGCUGCUUCUCGUCGCCGCAUUGCUCUUCUGCAGGUACCGACGGAGGUCACGAGGCUCGCUUUCCAGCAAGGGUUCGGGGAAGCGAGCUGACACUUCUCUCCUGUACGACGGCCUACCUGUGCAGACUCAGGUCAUCCCCAACAACCUGCGGUCGAACGGGCACGGACCUCACAUCGAGAUGGUGGCUGUGAAGGGCCAGUGCGCCCAGCUCCUGCCCGGCAGCAGGGGCGGUGUGGGUGCGCUGUUUGUCAGUCCUCCACCUCCGUCGCUUACCGAUGACGGCUCAGAGCCGCUGUCAAACAUGUACGAAGAGAUCCCUUACUACGGUCGCCGGGUGCCAUCGGAGCCUUACUACUCCGACUCUGAGGAGGACAUCAUCAGUCGGCCGUCGGAGGAGGAGCUGGGUGUCGACGGAGGCGGAGGUGUCCCGCGACCCUCCUACCUACCCACCGCCGAGCCGCGCUACGUCAGGACGCUCCCCUCGGGCCCGGCUGGCGGUCAGCCCCGCUACCACAGCAGCCAGCCGCGGCCGCGCAGCGCCGACCGGCGGCGACGGUCCCCUGCCAGUCCCGCGGCGACGCGGCCCAGUAUACGACGAGACGCGUCGCUGCACAGAAAGGACCCUUACUAUUACUCGGACAUCCUCGCGCGGGAUUCGCCCGGCGGUAACGGCAGCGGUGUUGGUAGUGACGAUAUCAGCGGGGCGUACCGAGCUCCAUACGACGAGCGGCGGCCGUCAAGUCGCGGCGUCGGCGGCCCGCUCUAUUGCCAGCCGGAUGUAGCCGCCGGCGAUCCAAGGUCAACGAGAGCACGUGACCAUGGCCACGUGACGCCGCUAGCCAAUCGGAUCGCGCUCGACCCGUUCGUUGAUCCGUACAGUGGCGAUCGCAGUGGUUCUCACCGACAGAGACAUAAGCUGAGUUCAUUCGGCGGUGGAGGAGCCGUGGAGAUGCCUGGACACGAGUGGGGCUACCCGCGGACGCCCGGACUCAGGAGUCCGGACAGGGGGUACACGGCGGCGGGCGCGGGCCACCCGGCGGGCGAUGACACCGGCCGCUACUGCCCACCCUCUCAGUGGACUCAUUAGCGCUGAUGGGAGGCGCUGAGUGAAAAUAAUCAAACGCGCUGAUAAGGCGCAGACUGCUGGAACCGUUGACGGAGUUCUCAGUGACUCGGUGGCGUGGAGCGGUGCGCACACCAGUGAUAGGCUAUUAACACUAUGAAUUUGUUUGAGAGCGCUAAUGGUGAGAUAUGUGCAUGUAUCAUUUUGUGAUUUAGCGUUAAUUUGUUGCGUAUCAAGCUCCAUAAAGCGACUACCCGCGCGGCAAAGACAGCUUGGUGUUUGCACUUUUAUACGAUUUAUUUUAGAUGUUCGUUAAAGCCUGGGAGGUGUACGGGAGACAUGUAUCUACUCUGGAUGGUCCGUUUUUGUCUACCGAAGCUGUGGCUAUUCGUAAUUAUGAAAUUAUUACCACAUUUAUGAAGGGCAUAUAUCGGCAUGUGCUCUUACGUGUCUAGAAACAUAGGCAUUAUGAUUGUCUAAUUUUAAUAUUCGCAGUUCCGAAUGAUGCAUCAUAUUCAGUGUCAUAUUUUACAUGCCUGUAAGUCAAAAUUCCCAAUAAUGCCGUCAAAUGCAUCAAGUUCUCCUGUCGUGCAGCAGCUGCGCUCCCCGCCCCGCCUCCCCCAGAGCUGCGAUGUCUCCCGUGCCCGCCCAGGCGCUGUUCGUGAACCGGUUCCACCGGCCGUCUCGCGCGCGUGCCGAUGUCUCCGCGUUUGUGUGUGGUCGUCGCACGCGUCUGUCCCGCCUCCAUCUCUAGUCAGACUGAUUGACCGAUGUACCCAGGCUGUGAUAGCCGGCCCCCACUCGCAGGUCGGUCCCGGCCGGGACGCCGCCGCCCGGCGCACAGAGCUGUUCGCACGUCCCGAUAAUACACACUCGUCACAUG